ACGAGUCAUGUGAUUCGCUGUUAUUUCCAGGUCUCACUCUCGUUCUGAGGAGGAAGUUUUCAGCCUCUCAGUUCUGGGACGACUGCAGGAAGUACAACGUGACGGCGAUCCAGUACAUUGGCGAGACGAUGCGUUACCUCUGCAACAUGCCAAAGAAAGAAAACGAGAAGAACCACAAAGUUCGAAUCGCCAUCGGGAACGGAGUCCGAAGCGACGUGUGGAGCGAGUUCCUGAAUCGAUUUGGCGACAUUAAGGUCAGAGAGUUGUACGCUGCCACUGAGGGAAACAUCGGCUUUAUCAAUUACACGUCCAAGAUCGGAGCGGUGGGACGCAUUAACUUUCUGCAGCAGAUUUUCUUUCCUUACACUUUGAUCAAGUUUGACAUCGAGAAGGAGGAGCCGGUCAGAAACUCGGAGGGUCUGUGCAUCAAAGCAGAAACCGGUGAAACUGGGCUUUUGGUUGGAGAAAUAACUCGGCGGUCUCCAUUUGUCGGCUACGCCGGCAACAAGCAGCAGACGGAGAAGAAGAGACUUUAUGACGUCAUGAAAAAAGGCGAUCUGUACUUCAACACCGGCGACCUGCUUCGGUUCGACCACGAAAAGUUUAUUUAUUUUCAGGACCGAGUGGGCGACACGUUCAGGUGGAAAGGUGAAAACGUCGCCACGUCAGAGGUGGCAGACAUCCUCACUUUGGCUGCCUGCAUCUUAGAAGCAAAUGUUUAUGGCGUUAAAGUGGAAGGUCACGAGGGUCGGAUCGGCAUGGCGGCCGUCACUUUGAAAGAAGGAGAAACCUUCGACUCCGCAGACGUCUACAAGCAAGUCGUCUCCUACCUGCCGGCCUACGCAAGACCCAGGUUCCUACGGGUUCAGGUAAAAAUGAAAAACCUGAACCUGAAGUGGGUCAGCCGCUUUACUCGUAUCACUCAGCCGCAUGGCAACUGCAUCUAAUGGUAUAUUUGUAUU